AUGGCUGCUCUGGUGCUUUCACUUCUCCUUCUAGCCAUGGCUGGCCAUUCUAAUGCCGCAUGGUGUGUGUGCAGAACAGGACUGAGUGAUACAGUGCUACAAGAAACACUAGACUAUGCCUGUGGAAAUGGAGCAGACUGUAAUCCCACUCACCCAAAAGCACCUUGCUUUAACCCUGACAAUGUUAGGUCCCAUUGCAACUAUGCAGUCAAUAGCUUCUUCCAAAAGAAGGGUCAAUCUCCUGGCACUUGUAACUUCAGUGGCACUGCCACUCCAACUAACUCCGAUCCAAGUUAUUCAGGAUGUACCUUUCCUACUAGUGCCAGCGGCUCCGGUGGCAGCACCACAGUGACACCUGGCACAACCAAUCCAAAAGGCAGCUCAACCACAACCACACUUCCUGGUGGCAACAGUCCUUAUUCAGGAACCAAUGGAGUUUUUGGAAAUGGCACCGGAGUCAACGGAGGGACAGGGAUUAACCCGGACUACACGACGGAUAAUGGCGCGUUUGCCCUCAAGAACUCAAGCAAAUUGUUCAUCUGCCUUCUCUUGAUCGCUUCGAGUGGAUUCUAUUAUUUCCUGAUGCUCUAA